AUCCUCCUGACUCAUAUCUGGUGAUUUCUACAAAUUCCUCUUUUCCUCAUCUUGAUACUAUUUCUAUAGGCUCUAAGUAAGAAAGAACCUUUUUGAUUGAAAAAGUAAAGAAUGGCUUUGUGCAGGAAUCAAGCCUUUUAUCAGAAAAAACGAAAAGAGAUUUUAAGAACGUAGAAAACAAUACACGAGCCGACAUCUUGUUAAAUAAUGAAGAAUUCUUGAAUCAGUCGGUAAAAUAACGUGUCGUUAGUAGAGUAGGACGCUGUUUAAGUGGCAGGCAAUAUUAAUCUUUUCUACAUUAUUUUUUAUCUUCCAGAGAUUGUAUAAUGUAUAUGAUUGUAAGAUUUCGAACUAAUCAAUGAAAAUCACUGGGAGAAGAUCAGAAUUAUAUUUAAUUACAUCAAGCUGGCAAAGUAAUUUGAAAGUAACAUAAUAUCAAGAAUUCAGGCAUAUAACCUCAAACAGAGGUGCAAAAGUCAGUUGGUUGAAUCAAUUCCAAAAAACUCCCAGGACUUGAAAUGACGGAUACUCCUGGCACAAGUUCGACCACUACUGUUUGCGAAUUUUGCAGCAAGCGUAAACGCUUGUAUACUUGUCCACGAUGUGGUAUAGGCUAUUGCGGAGCUGAAUGUUAUAAGUCAGAUGCACAUACGGAUUGCUCCGAGAGCUUUUAUAGGCAGUGCGUUGAGGAUGAGUUAAAGUCUCAAGAAAACGAUCCAGUUGCUAGACAAAAAAUGAUGGAAAUCCUUAAGAGAAUACACGAAUCAGACAUGGAAAAUGAUAUCUUGGAAAAUAAUUCAGAUGAGGGGAGCAUCAGUGGAGAGGAUUAUCCAUUGGAUUCAGACGACGAGCAAGAACUUCUUGAUUUGGAAUCCAGAUUGCAGAAUGUCAAUUUGGAAGAUCCAAAUGAGCUCUGGUCAGCCUUAUCUGAAGCAGAGAGGCAAGAAUUUGAAGCAUUGAUAAAAAAUGGAGAGGCAGAAAAGCUGUUGCCUAAAUGGGUGCCAUGGUGGACUUGUCAUGUAGAAAAAAAAUUAAUUCAGCCAAUUGAAGAAGACAUUAAGGAUGCUUAUAGCGAUUUAAAAUAUCCUGAUUUGAUAGAUGUACCAUUAUUUAACGAAUUGCAGAAAGCAUCUCCUUAUGUACCCUUUAAUGUAACAAACGUGAUAUAUGCUUAUGCAUAUGUAGCUCUUUAUUAUAUUGGAGAUUAUUUAAACUGUGCUGAGGAAGCUGUCCAUGUUUUUCUGAUUGUUGAUUGGUUGCCACAAGAUGAACAAACUAUAACAGCACUAAGAGAAGCUGGUGCUUCCAUUUUGCAAGGACCAGGCGUUGAAAUGAAAACCAUUUAUACAGCCGCGGCACUCUCCGAGCUUCAUCGGUUGCUGACAGCAGCGAAGAAAGAAAUUUCAACUGGCAAGAGUGACAAUCGGGAAUUUACAAAGAAAUUUUCACAGAAACUUAGCAACGACACAAGUCUAUCGAAAAAGAAUAUACUUCUGUGUUUAAAAAAGUUAGAGUAUUAUUUAUCAUGGGUGAAAAGUGCUGGAACAGAAAUCUUAUAAGUAUAACGUGAAGUUAUUUAUUAAAACUGAUAC